AUGUAUCCCGUUUCAACAGCUGCGAGCCUCCCACCAAGAGGCGGAAGAUAUCCCCGAAGAAUCCCACCCCAGUGCCGGUGCCGGUCAACACGGUGUUCCGCAAUACAGACAACGUCCCAAAAGUAUCUUAGUUUCUCCCCUCUGCGCGCAACACAAAUUAACCACCGCCCCUCAGUCUCUUGUUAA